GAUGUGACAGCGUACGUCAAAAGACUGGCUCUUUAUCUGCCGCCCAUGUUACAGGAUAGUAAGCUUGCUGCAUGUGGCUAGUUUUAAAUUUGUCACCACACGAGUUGACGCCAGUCAACACACACGCACGUCACGUCUUUGUUGAAGUAUUUAGACAGCGUGUCACCUUGAAGUCUUCUAUUUGUUUUGUUUUGUCAGUUGCACAUUUCAAAUCUAGUGCUGAAAAGAAGCACAAAAGCAAACAGAGCGAAAGAGAUCUAGAUCUACAUACAUUUCAGAAGCAUGUUUCUAGCGAUAAGUGCUUUGUUUAAAGAAGUCUUCUGUUGAGCGUGUCUAGUCUUCACAUUGGAUAUUAUUUUAACACAACUUUUUGAGGAUAUAUAUAUAUUUUCAUUACCUGUGUGCCUCCAUGACUGUAUGGUUGAUUAUCUAGACCACUGGUUCUCAAAAUGUGUCUAUGUAAAGGAUUGCUAAUAGACUAAGUUUUAUGUGUAUCUCGAAUUCGAAUCACUACAGAGAAAUUUGGCUUAUGGUGAACUGUGUUUGGGAUCUAUGUGGGUUGAAGUUUUGCUCGCAGUCCACGAAGAAAGACGUGAUCCACAGCUUGAGAAGCACUGGUGUACACUACAAUGAAAUUACGUUUUCAUUAGUCACGUGGUCAUGUUAUUCAAUUAAUGCGCUUUUGUAAUAUAUGUAGGUUUAUGUGUCUUAUUUUGUGUUAGGGAGUGUUCCGAUUGUGUCUCUUUGUUAAGAUCUAUCAAAAUGGCUACAGGGAUACCUAGUUAUAAAGUCAUCCUCCAUGGGGAAUAUGGUGUUGGAAAAAGUUCCAUUUUCAGACGUUUUAUGAACAACUCCUUCACAGAGGCCACAGGCAAAGCUUCCACCAUUGGGUUGGAUCAAUGCACCAGAACUAUAAAUCUGCCAUCUCAGACUGUUAAAUUGACACUUUGGGACACUGGUGGUAUGGAGCGAAUGUCUUUUAUUGGCUCCAGUUAUUACCGUGGCGCUCAUGCAGCGCUCUUGUGUUACAGUGUGAACAACAAAGACACAUUCUCCAUUCUGUCUCAGUACAUUUUGGACGUCGUUAUGAAUGCCGAAGGUGCCAAAAUAUUUCUCUGUGGCAACAUGACUGACCAGGUGUCUUCUGAAGGGAGUGCCAAUGUGGUUACAGAUGCUGACCUGGAGCAGUUCAUGUCCCAGUGCCAGGAUGUGUUGUCUGGGGUGUACAGAGUGUCAUGUAAAGACUGUAUAGGACUGGAGGACAUGUUUUACGACAUGGCGAAGGUGUUGCACCAAAGUUCUGUGUCCAGGAUGACUUUAAGAAGGGACAUGAUUAGGCCGGGUGACACUCCUGAGAGAGAGGUCGUCAGUGAUAAAAGACGAUGUUGCUGACAUCUUCAGACUUAACCAUGUGUUGUGUUUUAUGCUAUUCUUUAGAUCUGGGUCACAUUGACUUAAAACUUGCAACUUUACUUCACUGUGGACAUACUACCACAAGUGUUUAUCAUAUUCUUUUUUUUGUUAUUUGACAAGGGAAACAAUUUAGAAAUAGUAAAGGUAUACUAUUUCUUGUAUGAAAAUAAGAAGGGAACAAUGUGUGUAAUAUGUUCAACUGCAUGCAGUUAAUCCUAUUUUAAACUGAAUUUUAUUUUUUACAUAUUUUUAUUUGAAAUAAACAGAAAUGUUAUCUGAGAGGCUGUUGUGCAAGGGGAAACAUAAACUGUUUUCCUGUAUAUUAUUUCUGUAGUUUUAUUUGAGUUAAAAAUUUAAAAAAUUGUUUUAUGUAAAUCGUUGUAAUAAAUGUUUGCUUUUAGCUUUAGAUAUCUUAUAAAACAUAUGUACGGUAUUAUGUUAUGACUGCUGAUAGAUCAUCAUAAUUUUUUAUUUGUUAUUUUUCAAUUUUCUUUUGACUAUUCCUAACUUAAUUUAGGAAAUAAAAAAUUCAUAUUUUCUUUUGCUAAUAAUAUUUUCACUCACACUGUAGAUCUUUUAUUAAAAUCUGAAUUGUUCCCUCACCUUUAAAAAAAAAGUUCCCUUUCAGACCUUGCGAUCUAUAGGGCAGAUGAUGUUAAGGUCAUCUAUUAUUUUUGGCCAUAAGUUAACGAGCACCUUUAACAUAUGGCUGUUUCAGUCUGUGAUAUGCCUUCACAUGAUUGCUGAAAUAUUAAAAAAAAACAACAACGACCACAUUUUGAAUUAACAAUAUAUAUCUAACUGUGACAGUGUGUCUUGACAAACCUGUUUCCGUCAUAACAUCUAGCCAUCUUUUGCCACAAUUUUUUAAACACUUAAUACAUGUAUCCUUAACCUAAUGGAGUCUAUUUUUAUAAUAUUAUCAACCUACUAUAGCGUCUUGAUAUGUAAACAAAUCAGAACUUUUGCUUUCUUCCUUGUAAGGUGUAGAUUAAGUUUAAAGAAAUUGAUUUUGUUGAUUGUUGGUUCAAAAAUCUUACUUAGUGUCCCUGUUGUUUUGUGUUAAUGGCUGGAACUUGAAUUAUAACUUAAAAAUUGUUUAUCACUUUUUAAUAACUUACGAAACUCCCUCUCU